UUCAGGUUUCAUUCUUAUUUUAUUGAUCUCCCUCGCAGUUUCGGACUAGUUUUGAUUAUGAAAGAUGUUCUAACACGACUUCAACGACUAGAUGAAUCGCUAAGCCGAGCACUCGUUGCUCCACCAUCGAUGCGAAAUGUGUUGAUGUGGAUCGAGUUCACAGUGAAUGGAGUCCCUUGGCUUGUUGGCAGCUCGCUAUCUCUAGUUUUUGGAGCUAGUUCUAAAUGGAAUCUCAAUACUCAACAUCAACUUACAGUACUGUUUUUCGGACUUUUACUAGACUUGCUUCUCAGUGGAGCUAUAAAACUGAGCAUACAACGACCGAGACCUAAGUACAAUAUUAACGAUCAGCGUUUUGAAGCACCUGUAUUUGACCGGUUUUCCUUUCCUUCCGGGCACUCUUCAAGAGCGGCCAUGUUAGCAACUUUGUGCGUCGCAUUUUAUCCCCAGUACCGGUUUGCAGCUGUUGGAUUAUCAAUGCUGGUUGCGUUCAGCAGAGUAGCUAUGGGACGACAUUAUGUCAGCGAUGCAUUAUCUGGUCUCGCACUAGGCUAUAUAGAGGGCCUGAUUGCUCUUGCAUUGCCUCUGUCAUUCAGCAAAUGGCUGAGCAGAGUGUUACGAUGAUUGUAUGUACAGCUGAUGGCUAUGACAAAUAUGUCGAACAAUGCUCCAAUGUGCUAACGAUGCUAUUGUAUAAUAUGUGAUACCUCUGCAUUCUAUUGAUGAAGUCUUGAAUAUACAGCUACUUGUAACUUUGUUACAGUGAUAGAAA